GUGGAUGUUUGUCCUGCGCUGCUAUCCUAAAACUUCCACAUCAGCAUUCCAGCCCAGCGUUAGCGGACAACCUUCUAGGUGCGGCCGAAACAUUUCGACACAAGAUGCACAAGCCAGACCUCGAGGCUCGCAUAGCCCUCCUCUCUCGUGAUGAUUUGGUCAAAGUCGUCAACGAUCUUGCAGCUGAUCCCACGAUGAAAGGAAAGGUCUCAAUCGCCGUGGACCUGGCCCAGUCUCUUGUAUCAGACAGACAAACACCCACGGGGCCUUCGUUCUUCAAUCGUAUUUCGAAAGCUUUCGGACGGAAGCCCGAGCCGGAGGCAUUCACCAAGAUGAGCACAACAAGCUGGGAAACAGUCACCACGAUGAACACAACAAACUGGGAUGCGCCCACUCCAGUCCCGAGGUCACCCGGUAAGACUAGCAUAGGAAGCGGUGAGACUACCAGACCGAUCUCGCAGACAUCCAGCAAGGAGAGCACGACAACCUUGGAGACACCCUUGGAAAACUCGAAGCCUGUGAUAAGUGAUAUCCAAGUAUGCGAUAACUGCCACCAAAUAUUUCGAAUCUCGAAGCCAAUAAGGGAGUACGCAAGGUGCUACGGCCAUCCAGGUGGGAUCUGGGCUGCAAUGUUCUCCGCAACCACGUCUCCUCCAAUCCAAUGA